AGCUCCCUGCAGAAGAAGGAAAGUCCCUCUGGGAGCUGGUCCUGGAGCAGUUUGAAGACCUUCUCGUCCGCAUCCUUUUGAUGGCAGCUUUUCUGUCCUUUAUCCUGGCCUGGUUUGAGGAAGGGGAGGAGACCACGACGGCGUUUGUGGAGCCCAUUGUCAUCAUCAUGAUCCUGAUUGCCAAUGCUGUGGUGGGGGUGUGGCAGGAGAGGAAUGCCGAGAGUGCCAUCGAGGCGCUGAAGGAGUACGAGCCCGAGAUGGGCAAGGUGAUCCGCGCCGACCGCAGCGGCGUGCAGCGCAUCCGCGCCCGCGACAUCGUCCCUGGGGACAUCGUGGAGGUGGCAGUUGGGGACAAGGUGCCAGCAGACAUCAGGAUCAUCGAGAUCCGCUCCACCACCCUGCGGGUCGACCAGUCCAUCCUCACAGGGGAGUCGGUGUCGGUGAUCAAACAUGCUGACCCCAUCCCUGAUCCCCGGGCUGUCAACCAGGACAAGAAGAACAUGCUGUUCUCUGGCACCAACAUUGCAGCUGGCAAGGCCGUGGGGAUCGUCAUUGCCACGGGGGUGUACACUGAGAUCGGGAAGAUCCGCAACCAGAUGGUGGAGACCGAGCCUGAGAAGACACCCUUGCAGCAGAAGCUGGAUGAGUUCAGCCAGCAGCUCUCCAAAGUGAUUUUCCUGGUGUGCAUCGCCGUGUGGGUCAUCAACAUCAGCCACUUCAGCGACCCCGUGCACGGCGGGUCCUGGUUCCGUGGCGCCAUCUACUACUUCAAGAUUUCGGUGGCGCUGGCGGUGGCCGCCAUCCCCGAGGGCCUCCCCGCCGUCAUCACCACCUGCCUGGCGCUGGGCACGCGCAGGAUGGCCAGGAAGAACGCCAUCGUCAGGAGCCUGCCCUCCGUGGAGACCCUGGGCUGCACCUCGGUCAUCUGCUCCGACAAGACGGGGACGCUGACCACCAACCAGAUGUCUGUGUGCAGGAUGUUCAUCAUGGAGAAGGUGGAGGGCAGCCAGUGCAGCCUGCACGAGUUCAGCAUCACCGGCUCCACCUACGCCCCCGAGGGACAGAUCCUGAAGGACGAGCAGCCGGUGCAGUGCGGGCAGUACGACGGGCUGGUGGAGCUGGCCACCAUCUGUGCCCUCUGCAAUGACUCCUCGCUGGACUACAAUGAGUCCAAAAAAGUCUAUGAGAAGGUGGGGGAGGCCACUGAAACAGCCCUGACGUGCCUGGUGGAGAAGAUGAAUGUCUUCAACACAGACCUCAGCAAGCUGUCCAAGGUGGAGAGAGCCAAUGCCUGCAACUCAGUGAUCAAGCAGCUGAUGAGGAAGGAGUGCACGCUGGAGUUCUCCCGGGACCGCAAGUCCAUGUCCGUGUACUGCACCCCCAGCGGGGCUGGCAACAACUCUGCUGGCAGCAAGAUGUUUGUCAAGGGCGCCCCGGAGAGCGUCAUCGAGCGCUGCACCCACGUACGCGUGGGCACCACCAAGGUCCCGCUGACGGCCCCGGUGAGGGACAAGAUCCUGGGCAGGAUCCGGGACUGGGGCAUGGGCAUGGACACCCUGCGCUGCCUGGCCCUGGCCACGCAGGACACGCCUGUGCGCAGGGAGAGCAUGCAGCUGCACGACUCGGCCGCCUUCGUCCACUACGAGACAGGUGACGGUGUCAAUGACGCCCCGGCGCUGAAGAAGGCAGAGAUUGGCAUCGCCAUGGGGUCGGGCACGGCCGUGGCCAAGUCAGCUGCUGAGAUGGUGCUCUCUGAUGACAACUUCUCCACCAUUGUGUCGGCCGUGGAGGAGGGCAGAGCCAUCUACAGCAACAUGAAGCAGUUCAUCCGCUAUCUCAUCUCCUCCAACGUCGGGGAGGUGGUUUGAGGAACUUCAUGAGGUGCACUGAGGACAACCCCAUCUUUGAAGGAAUUGACUGUGAGAUCUUCGAGUCGCGAUACCCAACGACGAUGGCUCUGUCUGUGCUGGUGACCAUCGAAAUGUGCAAUGCUCUGAACAGUGUCUCUGAGAACCAGUCACUGCUGCGGAUGCCACCCUGGCUCAACAUCUGGCUGCUGGGGGCCAUCAUCAUGUCCAUGGCUCUGCACUUCCUCAUCCUCUAUGUCAAGCCCAUGCCUCUCAUCUUCCAGGUGACCCCCCUGAGCUGGCCACAGUGGGUGGUUGUGAUGAAGAUCUCCCUGCCUGUGAUCCUGCUGGAUGAAGGCCUCAAGUACCUUUCCCGCAACCACCUGGAUGGAGAAGAGGACAAGAAAUGAACGACCUGAGGGCAACUCUGAACUAGAGGAUCCCUAACUUGUCCCUGGGACUGAAGUCUUGCAUGCGUGACCAUCGCUAAAGCCAGCAGGACAUGCAUGUGUCCGACUCUCAGACAAAUGCGGGUGAAUCGUCGAAAAGAAAAAAAUCCUGAUUUUUGUUUUGUUCUGUAGCUUUCUUUUUCCUGUACAUAUGAGUGCAAUUACUGGACAGCUGGCCUAGAGUUUGGGGAUGGAGCUGUGUGGAUCUGAGUCAUUGUAAUGUGGUUCCUUGGGAUUUGUUUGUGCCAAAUUUGAGACCCUCUUUGCAAUUUUCACCCUGACUGAGUGAGCACGGGCAAGGUGGCCUUCAUAAGAGAUUAAGGCAGGAAGUUGGGAUUUGAGGGCACAUCCCCCAGUGGGAUGGGAUGCACAAGGCAGCUGGGAAGGGCUUGGCAGUGAGUGAGGGCAGGGAGAGAGGAGAGGGGGCUGUGUUGUUGAGCCUUGCUGAUGUCCAUAGUGUUGCUGCUGCUGUGCUCUGCUCUGGUGGCUGCAGCAGCUGGGCACGGCUUCAGAGUGUGUCCAACACUGGUGUGAACCUCAUGGAGGUGUGUUUACACCUCGAGGUCAGGUGCAUGUGGUGGAAGGCGAAGUUCUCCCUGUUUAUCACGCUGUCCUGUUUGAUCCCUGCAUUAUGGAAAGCCCAGCACCUUCUCAGGCUCAUCCAGCACCAAAGCACGAUGAAGUCUUGUCUGUUCUCCAUCUGGCAUCAUGCUGGAUCCCAUCUGCACUAUAUAAGGCAGUCCUUCUCCUUGGAGGGGCAGCCAUGUAAAGAAAAGAAAGGGGAUGCCCACCUUGCAUUCCUCAUGUCCACCACUCUUUCCUGGUCACACUUUCUUUCCUCAGUGAAUUUUUAACUAUUUCCUCAGCAGUAGUACAGCUUAAGUUUUUAGGAGCACAUCCAUGGCUUGAUGUGCUCUGCUUUGGAGAAUAUCACUGACUUGCACAGGGCAUCCCUGCCAAGGGAUCACGAUGGCAAUGAAUGUAUGCUUGUACAUAACGUGGUCUUUUUCCAUGAGUGGUGUUUGUUGUGGCAUCCCUUUUUGUAAGGCACCAACUUUAUCUUGCCCUCUGGGGAUUUUCUCCACAGCAGGAGUCAGACAGUCUUCAGUGAGGAUUUGUAGAUCAGGAGUGGAUUUUGGGAUCCAUUAAGUUUAUCUUUCUCCAUUGAGCUGCAUCACUGAGAAGCUGAUAGUGGGUGGUCUCUUCUCCAGCUCUCCAAAUUCUCUCUCCUGUUUCCCUCACCAUCCCCUAGGAUCCAUCCUGAUGAUAUUUAGUUAGCCAGAGCCUGUAUCUUUCCUUUCCCUUACAUUCCAGCAACAGCACUAGAGCCAGGGUCUGGGAUAGCAUUUGCUCCUUUGCUGUUGGGUUUCCUCUUCUACUUUUUGCCUCUUCAAAGCUUCCAGUGUUUUUCUGUAUCAUCUGUGCAAGACCAUCUCUCCUUCCAUACAGUAGGUGCCAAAUAUCAUCCCUCCUUUCUUUUCUCCAUCACCAGCAUUGAAGAUGAGCAGAGCCCCCAGACCAAUGGGAAUGUACAGAAUUGUUAUACUACUGAGCUGAUUUAUUGUACAGAAAAAAAACCUUGCAUGAAAUGUUGUUACUGUAUUUAAUAUAUAAUGUAUUCAAGAAAUUUUAAUAUGGAGCUCUUUAAAAAAGAUCUUUAUAGAUACUCUGUCGUUAGAAAAUUGUUGCUGAUUUUUUAAAAUCUUAUUAUACUUUGUCUUGAAGAAGUUUUAUUUUUCAAAUGUGUUCUGUCAAAAUGAUUUAAUCAGUUGAUCCCAUGGGAUAACCAAUUCCUGUUCAAAGAUUUUCACCAUGGAUGAGACCCACCCUGGUGUAGAGGACCAGGACAUGACCCAGGUACUGUAUAAGCCAAAAUAAGGCUUCAGUAAGACUAAUGCUGUAGACAUGUGAUUUGCCUUUCCUCAAAAGGGUGGAUUUCACCUUAUUUUAGUACAGGUCACAGAACUAAAGAAUUGUUUAAGUUGGGAAAGACAUCCAAGAUGAUUGAGUCCAUCUCCAUUGUUCUGUGCAGAAAAACAGCCAGUGGGAAUUUAGUCCAGUUCCAGCUCAGUGUCAUCAGAGGAGGCAGCUUCUCUGUUUCUCUGAGGCUGACAUCUAUUUUGGGAGAGGCUGGGCUGGAUUCAGAGCUGGGCUGGAUUCAGAGCAUCCCAGCCCCGUUUGGAGGGUCCAGCAGGGCCUGCAGCCUCCCUGGUCCCUUGUGCCUGCAGGAACCUGCUUGGUCCAUCCACCUGCUGAGUUACACUGCUUUCCCUGCACCUAAUGUCAGGUGGAGGGUUAUGAAUUUAACCCAAAUGUGUGUGGUGUGGAGAAGUUUCUUGUGUGAAAGCCCAGGCAGUGUCAGUCUGUUCAUGCAGCCAUUGGGUCACAGUUGUGAGUUACCAAAGCCUGAACCAUCAUGGGCAAGAAACCAGAGCUGUGUCCCAGCUUGUUCUUCCCAGCAGCAGCAAAUUGUGUUUUAUUUCUAUUGGGAGCCUUCAAGCUAUCUAGAAAAUGCCCAGGUAAUCUGCAUUAGAGCUGCCUGGAGCAGGUGGGACCAUUUUGACACAUCCCCAUUUCCCUUCUGAAUGGUUCACCACAUCUCUUGUCUCUCCCCACAUCCUUUAAUUACUUGGAGUACAGGUUUCACCCCAUACUUUUGAUUACAGAGGCUCAUACUUCAAACACCUCAAUGAAGUAGAAAAAUAUCCAUAGAUGUAAGUAUUUUUUCCUUUAUUCUUCGGUGAAAGGUCAGGAUAGAUCACAGAGUAGUUAUUUAUUGCAUGUGUGCCAGCAGCAGCAUGCUGGGAGCUUUUACAGGCUGGAACAUGUUCUUUUGUAAACUUGGAGGUCCCAGAGCCAAGACCAUCACUUUGGGAGAGGCUCUUGUGUCUUACCAAGGCAUCUGACAGUGCAAUACAAGGGAGAUGGACGCUGGGUGGCUGUUUUGCCCUAAAGCUUUUUUCAAAAGGCAGCUUAGGGGAAAACCUCUGGGAUCCUUGCUGUUCUUGGCAGCAGAGGUUAGAAAUUAUUUCCUUUUUAGUUUUAUUUUGAUGGUGCUGCCUGGCAUAUUCUAAGCCUAUAAAUAAAACUCAGUUCUUUCCAGCAAGACCUUUAGGAGUGGUGGGCUGCUGUGACAGAUCCUCCACAAGAUGCAGGGCAGAGGAGGUGCUGGAUGGCAGCAUGGGGUUGUGAUUAUCCAUGAGCACUUUAUACUCCUUCCUCAGGGGCCAAGGUGGGAGGGAAAGGUCCUGUGUUCCUGGGCUGAGCACCAGGGGGAUCAGCUGUGGUGGAAACUCUUUUCUGUUUUGGGGCAUUGUGUCAUUGCUGGAUGAGCUCUUCCCCCUGUGGUGUGUGAUCCCAUGGGGAUCCCACGUUGGAAAAGGAAAAAGAGCAAAGUGCUGCGUCCUGCAUUUUAUUUGUGUCGUGUGGGCCAGGUCUGGGUGAGGUUUGUGUUGGUGUGUUUGGGGUUUGGGCACUGUGAGCAUCCUGUGUGUGUGUUUCUGGUGAUGCUCUGCUCAGCCAAGGCUGGAUGGCACCACCAGGCACUGGGAGGGCAGCAGGAGGGACAGGCUCUAAGGAGGGGCUAGGGGACUUCAUUCCUGUAAAACCAUCAGAGAUUGCGUUGGAUUUUCUGCUCAUGGAGAUGGCAGAAGGAGGAGCAAGAGGAAAACUCAGCAUUAAUUUUUGGUCCUUCUUUUGUACAUCAGGUUGAUAAUACUGCUUCCCAGUCAGGGUCCUGCUCCACCAAAACUCACCAAAUAAUGAUUUGAGCUGUGCAGGGGCCCUGGCUGGGAGAUGUCCAUGAGCUUCAGUGACCUUGGCAUUACAUCACUCCUGAAACUCAAACACACCCAAGUCCCCACUACCAACUCCUGAGACUUACUGUGAUUUCUGGACCAUACCUGGCAUGGCCAUCACUUAUAAAUGUAUAAAUGAUGCCAGAGAUUCAGCCCCAUCUGGGCUCUUUUUCCUCCCACUUCUGCAGUGACAUUUUGGGGAAACAGCCUGGGAGUACUGACCAAGGAAAAGGCUUCACCCCAUGCAGAUCUUGUGAGGCACAGUUGGGGUUAGGAUUUGCAGGGCUGCAGUGAGGAGAUACAGGGUAAAUUGUGCUCCCUGGACCUUUUCUUGUGGUGCCAUUCAGCUUUUGGUGUGAGUGGAGCAUUAAAUGAGCCAAAAUCUGUGUGUGCCUGGAGUGAUGGGCACUUGGGACCAAGAGAAGGGCAGCCAGCAGGUGCCCUCAGUGGCUUCAGUCUGGGAAUAUGCUGAUUUUUUUAUAUGAGAUGCCUGAACAGCCAAAUGUAGAAAUCUCUGAGAUUGUGCUUCAUAGUAAAAGGUAAAUUGUUAUAUCUUGAGGGGUGGGAGGGUGUUCUCUGAGGGACAGAACUGAAAGAAAUGAGGUUUCCUAUUUUAUUAUAUGAGAGAUAUUUUUCCACUAAAUUCCUGCUUCCUAAACCAUGUCCUUUGUCUGACUGUAAAUAGCCAGGUGUGCCGGGAAGACGUGGGAAGGCUCCUUGAGGUCACAUCCAUACAAUCCACUCUGUUCACACAAUAUUGGGCUGAUUUGUUUUAUACUUAGAAAAUUACAGAAAUAAAAGCAAUUUUACUGGA